AUGAAGACCAAAGAUGAAAGCCUGCAACCGAAUAUUUUUCUACAACAUUACUUGAACAUAAAUUCUAAAAUGCUGCGAUACAUGGGCUUGGUGGUUCGUACAAAAGGAAACAAAACCGACAGUAAGUCAAAAAUUCUGGAAAGACUUCCGACCUACGCCACGAAUCUCAUUUCCAUAAUUGACGCUUUUUUCCAAAUGCGGUGGAUCAUGGAUCUCUGGCAACGCGACAACGACUUGGUAAUGCAGAUUACUACUAGUGGUAUUUCUAAUAUAGUCUGUAUUUGUAAGGGGUUUCGUCUUGCUUAUUGUAGAGAAGACAUACAAACAUUGUUUGAAAAAUUAGCAACGAUUUGGGACCAAACUUGCGUGCCUGAAGACAUUCGAGAUACGAUUGUGAAAAAAGCACAGAGCACCCUGGUUUUUUGCAGAUGCUAUAUUGUCAUGAUGUUGGGUCUCGGAAUUUGCUUCGCUCUACCGCCAAUGAAAAAUUUCCUGAUCCAAUAUUUCGCUCGAAAAGAGAUGAAUCAUACUUACGACUAUUCGGAGCGAGUUUUUCUUGUGAGAUAUCCCUUCGAGAUAAACAGUUCAUCGAUUUAUUUCUCCGUUCUUUUCGAAGAGCAAUGGGUGCUUUUUUGUUCAGCUUUAUACUGGGUGUGCUGUGACACCCUCUUUGCUCAGCUAACGACCCACACAUCUUUACACUUCGAGAUACUUCAAUACGAUAUAGAAGCGGUCGUUAAUCGAGAAAAUGACGAAGAUCGUUUGAAACAGAGCAUGAUCGACUUUGUCAAAAGGCACAGAGAAUUGUUAAGGAUAUGCCAUAUGAUCGAAAAAUUGUUUAGUCCAGUAAUAUUUACAACGAUGCUAUUAACGUCUAUAAAUAUUUGUGUAAACGUGUUUGAAUUGCGAGAGAUGAUAUCAGAAGCUAAAUUGGGCGAUGCUUUACUUCAUGGCUUUCACCUUGUGAACAUAUUUUUUCAGUUAUUGGUUUAUUGCAUAUUUGCUGAGCGGCUAACUCAGCAGGCAGGUACGAUAGCAAAUGCGACAUACAAUUGUAAAUGGACUGAAAAGAAUAAUAAGCUAAGAAUUUAUUUGCAAAUACUUAUAAUGAAAUCUCAGAAACCGUUCCAUUGUACUGCUUAUGGAUUCUUUCCUAUUGAUCACAAGACAAUAACAAUAAUCGUCAAUAGGGCACUAUCAUUUUACAUGAUGUUGGAAACAACGAACUGA